AGAGGAACGGACGAACGCCUCGCGUUUCUCACAGAACGCGUAUAAAUUCACGGACGUGCGAUAUUGUUCAUCGAACUCAGUAUAUUUACACGGGACCAAGCGUCUGAGCGGCUCCGAAACUAUUUUCAGCACAUUUACGAAUCAGAACAGAAAAAACCUUAACGACUUUCACCGGAUACAUCGAUAAUUCGAUUAGCGAGACAAGGGGUUGCGAAUUAUCCCAGAUAUCAGUAAAUUGAUCACUAUACGAGAAUGUAUUGGUGUGAUGGGCCAGUAGGCGACAUAUCCGUGUGAUGUACUGUGUGGUUCAUUUAAGUGACAAAGCGACAGAGGCUCCCAUUCGACAUUAUUAUCCUAUUCGUGAUUGUCAUCACGUUGGACCGGGAGCUGGCCACUCGGGUUAGUCGUCGCGGGGACUCCAAAGCGGCAAAUACGGAGUUGCAAACCCUGCUCCGCAUCAUACAUCGCCAGGAUUACGAUCUAAAAAUGGUGCAGCAGGAUUUGACUUAGGCACGUGGUGGUGCGUGGAUUGACAGUGACAGUGCGAUGGCUCGGGGCGGCUCGCGGGUGUGAGCUCCGUGUGAGCCUAGACCACGGUGUGAGUGUAGUGUCUAGUCAUUGUGUGUGUGAGUGCGUCCGGGAUGCCCUCAGCGAUGUUGUCGGCAGUGCUUGAAGAGGAGCCCGACCUGUACGAGGCGUUUCCACCUCACGUUGACCCCACCGGAAUUACAAUUUUAACAGACAGUCCACCAGGCAAGAAAGCACCACUCAAAACCUUCGAGGAGAUCCAGCCUCUAUUGCAGCAGGGCCGCAAGCGGGAGCUCAAACCCCUCAUCAGAGAAAACUCCUGGCCUAUCAAUAGCCCGGUCCGCGCUCAACUUUGGCCUGCGCUCUGCCGACAACACCAACAUGGAAAAUCGAUGCUGGACGGAUUCUACUGGGACAUGGUCACACAGGUGUUCGGCACAGUGGAAUUGCCGGAUAAGCCAAUUAUGCUGCCUCCGUUUGUGGAGGCAACACACUGCCUCGGCUACCACCUGACCCGCAAAGGGCGGGCCGUGGCUGACAGAGUCGUCUCAGUCCUGGGUUAUGCCUGCCCGGACAUCACAUACAGCCCUAGUCUUUACCCCAUCACAGCCGCUUUGCUGCACUUCAUGCCUGAGGAGGAGUGCUACCACUGCAUGGCGAGCCUGGUGGCGUCCAAGGAGAAGAUGUUCAUAACGCAGACCAAGCUCCUCAACGAAGUCACCUGGAAAACUGUCAUGCAGAUUGCUAAGAAGUAUGCCAAGUCAGCAGCACAGCACUUGUCACGACUAUCUGGUGCCAUUGGCCCAGAACGGAUCUACGCUGAUUGGCAAUGGUGGAUUCUAGCUGCCUUGCCAUUCCCGCAUCUUGUACGAGUUUUAGACUGUUUCUUCCAUGAAGGCAUUAAGGUGUUCUACAGGGUAGCGCUAGCGAUCCUAAUCCUCUUCCAUAAGCACUCGUCGAACCAGAAUUCGGAGUGGUACGCCGAGGCGACAAAGAACGGCGCUGACCAUGCCAUCGACAAGUUCUGUAGGAACAUGCCCGUUACGCCGACAAAACUCCUGCGCACCGCCUUCACUAUACGUGCUUUAAGUUCACAGUACAUAUCGAGAGUGUUUAUAAAGACAGAAAUGACGUUGAAGUCCAAGCAAGUGAUAACGGGCUCGCGACUCGUAAAGUCUCGAUCCUCAGACAACUUACCCACCAGCCAGUCACAAGUAAACAUUCAGAUGAUGUCACAUACCCUCACUAUUAGAGAGAGCCCGCGCUCCUCCCACCUGGCCAUGUGGUUCCCAUUCCCUAACGCGGUGUUCAAGGACCAGCACCAACAUCAGUCUGAACUCCGCCAGAAGGUGACCCAACUAUUCACGCUGUGGUCAUGGCUGCCGGUGAGGAUCACGAUGUAUCAGCCGGUGUUGCUGUACACGACAGAGGAGCACGGGUGCUCGUUGACCACGUUCUUCGUGCGCGUAGAACACCAUGAGCCUACGUUGCUUAUGAUCAAGACUUGCAAUAACGAGGUAUUUGGAGCGUACUGUUCCACGCGAUGGCUGGAGAGGAACCAAAAGGACGAACGUGGAAACAGACAGGCGUAUUUUGGCACCGGAGAAACAUUCCUGUUUAGCCUGCAUCCCGACCGCGCUAAAUACCCCUGGGUUGGCUGCGUGGAAGAAGAACAGAAGAAGAAACAACAAGAAGAAAAUAUACAAGAAUUGAAAGAAUUGGGAGAUGAGGAGGAAAAGAAAGUAGACGAGCGUACUCCACAUGCAAAAAAUUUGUUCAUGGCCGCCGAUAGUACGAUGAUCACCGUCGGCGGAGGAGAUGGCCAAGCGAUAUGGAUGGACGAAAACAUAAGGUUCGGCAAAACGGACCGCUGCUCCACAUUCAACAACCCGCCUCUCUGCCCCAGCGGGGACUUCGAGAUCCGCGUUCUCGAGGUGUACGGCUUUGCAGGCGCGUAAAUGCCACGCCGUGACCAAGUCCUUACUCUACGAGUGUCCAAUAAUUCGAAGUGAAAUAAUCUCGAUAUAACGUGUUUUUGCGAAGGUGUCAUAUCCCCGAGCGUGAUAUUUGUUGUGACCGCAGCUUCACGGCGUAACGCCCCGAAGCGUUGACAGAUGCCGCUCGAGGUCAUCAAUAGAUUACACACCCAUGUUUUUGAACUUUCCAAUCCGAAAAUAUCUAAAGCAUCACAACAUGUUUUCCAAAAAUAUUCAAUAAAAUUCAGCUGUUAGUGUUACUGCUAUUUGCCGGUGACUAUAUUUCAAUGUUAUCGAUCGUGUGUCAGUUAAAAAUUAGAAGUCACCAAUGUGCGAUAUUAUUGAUCACCCCUUGCCGUUACGAUCAGACUGUGUAGAUGUGUAUCUAUAUUUAUUCGACUCGCUGUUCUAUAUGUGCCCCUUAGCUAUCCUAUCGUAACACAGCUGUCCUUUAAGACAACGAAGUAGGUUGUUUCGAAAUAUUUACUAGUGUUUUGAAUGUCCGAGUGUAAGUACAAAAUGGACGUUUCUUACCUACUCUAGUUGGAUUUAAAUACGCUUAUGUAAAAGCAAUAUAUCUGUGGGCCUAGCCGUGCGAUGGGAAUGUACAUUUCCCAGUUUUGUUGGUGUCGAUGUGAACAUUCCAGUGACUGGGUACCACACACUCGGCUACAAUAAAACUACAGAAUGAUUUUUAGGGGUCUUAUACAGAUUGACAAUUUAACGUAAUUAUAAAACCGCUUAACAAUUUUAAGCAGAACUGUUAUGCAGUUUUAUAUGGAUAGAAUUGUUAUGCCACAUAAUUAUACUCCCGAUUUUUAGAUGAUUUUGAUGAUUUUCUUUGGGUUCAGUAUGAUUACGAGAUCAUAUUUUACAUGUAUGUUUAGGUCCAAAGAUCUGUAUUUGGUAUCGCAUCGGAAAGGUCAAAGCCCUACAUACUCGAUGCUGAUGUAUGCUGAAUAGUGGGGAUUGACCCUAAGACUACGUUAUACUCAGUCCAUAACCACAUGUCGUUGCUCACAAAAAUGUACCAAAGAAAUUAUUUGUAGACGAAUAAUCCUGUUAUACGUAUCUGAUAGAUAUAUUCGUUAAAUAAAAUUAGUGAAUAACACCCGAAUGUAUUCAUAUAAUACAGGGUCCUUUUAUAGUUGAUAUUUGCUCAUUUUGGAUGAUAUUUUUGUCUCUACGACUAGAAAUUAACUAGAAGAUAGUAUGACAAAAUAAUUCCAAUAUUUGCUAGAAAAAUACGUUUUUGUUAAAAAAGAAACUUUUUCUUCUCUCUAUAUAAUUUUGAUAAUUUUGUAAAUGCAACUUUACAUUACCACAAUGCAUCUAUCAAAUACGUAUAUCAGGGGCAAUAAUGACAGUUACAAGUCACUGUUAUUCAGCUUUGUUUUUAUAGUAUUAUUUUUUACAUAUAUCGGAGGUUAUGUGCCAAAAUUGGACCAUUAUAAGAAUUUCAUCAUUGGUUUGAAAAAUUUCUAAAACUAUUACACAAUUGUCGUGUAUUAUUUUUAAUUUGAUUUUACUUUGACUUAUAUAAUUCGAGUGGAAUAAUAGUUGUAAUGAUGUCGGAUAGUUUUAUAAAGUGUUAUAGUCAUGUAGUGGUGUUAUAAAAAUAUGUCCGCCUUAAGUUUAGAAGGUCGCGGUUGUCGUUAUUUAGAAAUCUAAUGGGAGAAGAAGAAAGACGAGACACGUUUUCGUAUUUCUUGCCUAAUUUUUUUCAAAGAAAUACAUAAAUACAAAAAUUUGUCUCCGCUACAAAGGAUGCGCUUACAAGUUACCGCAAAAGGCGUUGAGCUCAACAAACGCGUGGUGUUGACGACGUCAUCUGCGUCAAACCUGGAGAAUUAUAUGGGGAAUAUCAGCAUAAUGAGGAUAUGUAGACUUAACAGCGAAAUAACGGUAACGUCAGCAACAUCAGACUCUGUAUGCGUUUUUAGCUUUAAAUAAUAGUACAAUCAAAUCUUUCGUCUCUCUGAUCUCUACUUUUUAUAAUCGUCGUAAUAUAUAAUGACCUAAAAAUACACGCCACUAUAUGUUUAUAAGGCUGGUUUUCCAAUGCAAUUGUCGUACAAUGUCACAAGAAACAUAUCCCUGUCAGUACAAAGGGGUUCCCUGCGUUCAUAUCGGUCGCGGCUUGUAAAUGCUAUGUUUUUUUGUAUAUAAUUUUUUCUGGUCGAAUGUCUGCCCACUUAUAUAACAUUGAAAUUGAAACAGUGUCGUGAAGCCUUUUUAUUUUAUUUAAAAAGUGGAAGUGUAGUUCGAUUUUUAAUUCGCCGAACUCAACUGCCUUUUAUUAUGUUGCCAGUUUUUGAUAAAAUAAAAAUAGUGUUGUCUCGGAGAUCGAUGUCAAUGGCUCAUUUCAUUGGGUCAUCGUCCCUAAUCAUGUUACUUAACAAAUUUUUCUGUGUCAUUGGCCUGAUGUAGAAUGAACCAAACAUCAGUAAUUAUACAAUGAACAUGGCAACACUAUUUUACAUUCGUUACUAACGGGUUUUCAAUUCAAAAUUCGACUUUAUGGUGUUUGAGAAUAAAAUUUAUGCGUUGUUAUGUUGAUGGGUCUUUGCCGCUGAAAAUCCAUCCUAAGUUUGGUCGGUAAUAUUAAAAAUCUGGAACGUACAAGAUUAAUGAUAAUUUUCCACUAAUCCCCAGUACUACGCUUGUGGGGAUUUGUGGAAAUAAAUCUCACCAUACCCACCACUGGGGAUUUGUGGAAUAUACCUAAAGUGGGCAGGCAGACUCCUCAAAACGUAGCGAAACUGGGAUUUGUCGUGGUACUACAUAUGAUAUGUUUAUCAACGCCUAAGACUUGUUUUAAAAUUCAGAUUAUUUAUAUAAUUUAUUGAGUAGGUAACAAGUAACGGUUUAUGUAUGUUAUAAGCGCCCCCCUGCUACCGGUUGCAUGUGUUAAGUUUUCAAGGGAGCUAUAUUUUUUCCUUUUAAUUUCGUACAGCUGGCAUCACGACUCUGUCCGCAAUGUUCGUGUCGUAGGUAGAUAGAAGGAUUAGACUUGUAUUGCCAACUGUGCCUUUUCUGGCUAUCAUAAAGUUGUAUACAUUGACUGUGUUUUCGAUAUAUUGUGUUCUUUGCAACUUUGCAAAUACGCGUACCGUCAAAGUUGCAGGUUUAUAUUCAGCCCGUAUAAAAUGACCGCCGGUCGCAGACGGGCGUCUCGCGAUAUGUUGCUGUUAGCCAAUUGUCGUUGAUCAGUGUAAAGUCUAGUCUUUAUCCUGUUUUUUAUUAUCUCUAACGAUAUAAUUAUUAUCUAAAUAUUUACGAAUUGAUAUUUAAAUUUUUGUGCGAUUUUGCCCCGCUCAAGGGGCGCGUAGGCUCGUGUUAGUUAGUUUUUAAGUACAUAUAAAUGUAAACUAUACAGUUAUUAAUCUCCAUUGUCCUUUUCAGUAUUUGUGGUGUACGUUUUUUUUUAUGUGAGGAGCAUAUCAUGUAAAAUGACAAUGUGUGGCGGCUUAGCGUCGUGGCGUGAUUGCGAAAGCUUUGUUUUGUUACGAUGUACUGUUACAUUCGAAUAGUUUUAGUCCGUCGCUUAGGCGACGGUGUAAAACUCGUUUAUGGUAAUGUAAAUGUUGCUUUAUAAUGUCUACAAAAUAUAUAAUCCCGUA